UGUUAACCCAUCUUACCAACAUAUUAGAUUUUAUUUUUGAACAUAAAUAUUUUAUACUUACGAAAAUAAAUUUAUAAAAUUUAUAAAUUUAAUACAAUUUUAUUAUAUUUAUCUCAAUAUAAUAAUUUUCUUUUAAUAUGAUUGAUUAUGAUUAUAUAAUAUAUAAAAUAUUACAGAAAUUUUUAUUUUUUUAUUUUAUAAACGAUUACUGAGUUUAUUAAUGUAGAAUAAUAUUUCAAACUAAUUUCGAAAUUAGUGAAAAUAUUUAAAUAUAAUUUCAAAAAUGAAGAUCUUGUAAAAAUCUUUUAAAACAGAUUUGUUAGAUUUUUAAAAUAAAUAUAUUUAUAUUUAAAAUAAAAAGAUAUCAAAAGAUAUUAUGAUUAAAAUAUUUUAAAGAUUUAUGUAUUAUUAGUCUUAAUAAAAUAUAUUUAAUAAAAUUUCUAAGUGAUAGUCCAAAUUAAAAAAAAAAUCACACAUAAAAGAAGUCAUGAGUUCUCUUUUAAUAUAUAAUGUUUUUGUAAUCAAUCCGAUACUUUGAUUCGCUCUUAUACCAUAUAUGUGAAUUACUAUACAUACAUACUAACCAAUUAUGUUCAAUCAAUCAUUGGAUAUACAUAUGUAGUUUUUUUCUGUCAAUACAUAUGUAGUUUUGUAUCAGUGUUAGGUAGGUAAGUCCAUUGGUUAUAUCAGGAUAGAAGAUACGUUGGAUAUAAAAAGCAAAUAAACAAGUAGUUAUAAGUUCUAUCGGUAGCUUUUAAAACAAAAAGACAACAAGUAAUGAUAUAUACUAAGGUUAUAAAAGCAACAAGAACCACCCAACCAACAUUAAUUUUUAUUCUUUUACAGAUUGAAUAUAAACAUCACUCCCUCUCUGCUUCUCACUCACACACAAUAUUUUUAGUUUUUACAUAUAUAUUUAUAUGCCCCUGUGUGAUUUCAAUAGCUGUAUCAAAUUAUCAAUCUUCUCUCUUUGUAAACACGAAACCUCUCUCUCUCUAUCUUUCUAGUAUCAUGUCGAAGAAACGAAUUGGAAUGGUCGAGAAAAGUAACAACAAGAGACAACGAGUGAACCUUGUUCCCAAGUUCUCCAUCAACGACAACCAUGACGUGCUGGUAGAGAUCCUCCGGCGACUAGACGGCCCUUCUCUAUGCUCAGCCGCUUGCGUGUGCCGUCUUUGGUCGGCCGUGGCUCGCAACGACUCAAUAUGGGAAGAGCUCUGUUUCCGACAAGUGUCACCACGACCUUCACUUUCCAUACGCUCCGUUGUGUCAGCUCUCGGUGGCUACCGACGUCUCUACUUCCUCUGCAUCCGUCCCUUCCUCGCACGACUCCCUAAGAUUCUCUGGAGCCAAGACCAGCUUCAGCUCUCACUCUCUCUUUACUGUGUCCACUAUUACGAGCGCAUUUACGUCGGCGCCGCGCCACCUUCUUCGCUCAUGUUCCUUCGAAUGCCCGUCAACGUCGUCUGAUUAGCCUUUCACCGGAACGGCCUAUAAUAAACUAUUAGUUCCUAAGUGUGUAUUAUUCUUUAUCGUAUAUUAUUAUUUGCUACGAUUUGUUACGGGUGUUCCAUUUUUUCUUGUCAACACUAAGUUUCAUCUUUCAUUAUAAGAUUUAUAUUAAUAAACGUGAGAUCUUUUUUUCUUCA